UAUAAAAGCUGACACUAAGUGAGUUCAUCAAACAGACACAGUGGCAGCAGCAGAUCUCACAAUCCAGCAACCCAGUACAAAGUCACAUAAGUUUACAACAUCAGUGCGAUGCCAAGUCUCAUCACAUCACAACCAAGGGAGCUGCAGCACUUCAACAUGGAUGCCGACAAGAAGAAGAGCCGAAAGGAAAAGGGAGAAAACCUGAAAUGUCGGCUUAGAUUGUCUCAACCGCCUAACACGAAGGGGCUUUGUUUAGAAGAGAUGUCCCAGUGGUCACACUCACUGGAGAGACUUCUGUCGUCCAAAUAUGGCAUGAAGAUAUUCCAGGCUUUCUUGAAGUCAGAGUUCAGUGAUGAAAACAUCGAGUUUUGGCUGGUGUGUGAGGACUAUAAGAAGAUUAAGUCUUCCUUCAGGAUGUCAUCAAGGGCCAAAAAGAUCUUCAAACGCUACAUCCAAGUUGAGGCUGUGAGAGAGAUCAACAUUGAUCACAAGACGAGAGAUUCGAUUAGGCGGAACAUCAAGACGCCGACCACAUUGUGCUUUGACGACGCCCAGAGGAUCGUCUACAGCCUAAUGGAGAAGGACUCUUAUCCACGUUUCCUCAGGUCUGACAUCUAUCGGGCUCUACUGGACUCCAUAUCAGAAUCAGUAAAGAUGUAAAGAACACAGAUACACGAAAAUGUUUGUAGAUGUUGGACUGUGAAGCUGAGCCCAGUGUUGGACUACCUGAGAGAAGCUGUGUUGUGUGCCGUCCAGGGACCACUGGUGGGAAUUCCUUAACACCAGAGGCACCAGAAACUCAUUUCCAGCAUAGUCACGCUUUCCUUCUGAGUUGGAGAAGACAUGCUUUGGAGUUGGCCAUGGCAAAAUAGGAUCGUGUUAUAGAGGAGUAAAGUCAUGCAGCUAAUUUGUAAAACACCUGAAGAGGGUUUGUUCAAAACCAGCUGGUAUAAUGGCAAAAGAUGGGUCGAAGCGAGGAAAUGGCUACAGUUGUACAUGAAUCAGCAGUAGAUACUGUGAUAGCCAUUGUAAAACUUCCCAGAGAUGCUUCAGUUGUGUCAUGAAAAUGCUGGGGACUUUCUGUGAGAGACGCCAGGAAGUGUAUGUGGUGCAAACAACACCUUCCACCGAACAUGCAAGUGCUUAAGCUUGUAUCUACAUUUGCACACCAUCUUUGUUGUCUUACUAAACCAACAGAAAAGUAGAUGCUUUCCAGAUGUGAGGUUUUUGUUUUUUUUUAUGUGCAGCGUUAUGUAUUUAGAAGUUUUACUUUCUGACAUCAUUGCUGUCACACCGAAAUAACAGAUAUGUCACAACUAUAACAAUCUGUCAUAAGCUAUAUGUUGAAAUGUAUUCCACAAAUUGUGAAAGCAUUAUGAACGUGAAUGUUAAGAUUAAUUUGUACAUAUUUAAUAAACAAAAUACACAAUUUA